GGAAUGUGAAAGAUAAUUUUUCAAGAAUUUGUUUUGUAGAUCUUGCUAAUUAUUUUUCGAACUUCCAUUAAAUGCGAUUCAAGAAGUUAUUUAUUUUGGUAGUUGAUUUUUAAGUAAAUCAAAAUGCCUAGAAUGAUAUUCAUUGAGAACUUAUAUCCAAAAGUUGAUGUAACAGAUUUGUGCAAAGAAUUUGGAAAAUAUGGUAGAAUUCUAUCAGCGAAAAUUGAAUUUGGGAAAAACUUUACUUCAUUGGGUAAAGGUUGCAUCUGUUACUUUGAUUCAACAAGUGCUGAUAUUGCUGUCAAAAAAAUGAAUGGGAAGAAAGCAUUGGGAAGUGCAUUACAUGUAACAGUAGUACAGUGUGAAAAACAAGAAAGUCAUUCUGAAGUUUCUCAGAUUGAUCACUCAAAGAUUUUUGUAAAUAACUUGAAUUCUCGUUGGGAUGAUUGUGACUUAAUAAAGAUAUUCGAAUUAUUUGGGGAUAUUGAUGAAAUUAAAAUUUCUACCACUGAUGGUAAAUCAAAUGGAUAUGGAUUUGUUAAAUUCUCACAACCUGCAUCUGCUACAAGAGCUAUUAAAGAAAUGAAUAACCUUUCAGAAAAUGAAAGGAAACUUGUAGUUGAACCUUUUAUUCCUUGGGAACUAAGAGAAAAAGCACGACAGUCUUUAGAAUUUGCCAAAAUACAUGCUGUUGAAUGGAAUAAUUUGCAUGUAAAGAAUCUCGACAUUGAUAUGACGGAGGAUGAUUUAAAGAAACUUUUUCAGCCUUUUGGUUCUAUAAUAAGUGUUAAAAUUCCUGUGGAUGAAUCUGGAAAAAGUAAAGAAUUUGGGUUUGUUUGUUUUGAAAAGGAAGAAGAUGCUGCUAAGGCUCUUGAUCGGAUGGGGAACUACAGAUACAAAUCUAAAUGUUUGGAAGUAAAUUUCAAUCAAAAAAAAUCUGCAAGACAAAAAUAUCUUAAAGCAAUAAAAACUGAUCCUCAUAUUAGGAAGUUUAAGGGAGGAAAAGAAAUAGCUUGAAUUAUAAUACUGUUUUUACUCAAGAUAUUAAUUUCUCUAAAACCAAAACAAUUAUAGUGAUUGCAUUUAUUUGGUAAAUGCAGCUUUAUGGCUUGAAAAGUAAUUUUUCUUUGCAAGAUAAUUUUGCUUUUAAAACAUUUUUUUAAUAUGUCAGGAAUUUAUUGAAUUGUAAAAAUCACAAAUUUGUCUAGCGUUAUAACAAAAUUUAUUUCAAGCAAAGUAAGUGUACUGCCCCUACACUAUAUGUACCAUUAAUGGUAUAGAAUAUUUUUUUGUUUUCCUACUGUGGAUUAUAGUCAUUUACAUUAAUUUUCAAGGUGUUAUAUGUAUUUCUGUCAUGUAAUGAUAUAUGUACAUAAAUUUUAGUUUAAUGUAUUUGUAAUGGCAUACUAUUGGAAUUUCUAUAUCAUUUUAAGAUAAGUAAAUUUACUUACUUUUAGUUUGUUAUUUUUUAUAAAUAUCACUAAAUUGUUAAUGUUUUUAAAUGCACAAAAAUAUGGAAUAUUUUCAUCUUUUGCUUUUGGAUAAUUUAAACUUAUAUUUUUAAAAUUUAUUUAUUUUUGUUCAAAUUUGCUAGUAUUUCAAAUUAAUUAUAUUUAUUAUAUCACAUGUUCUUUCAGUUAAAUGGAAAAGUACUGGUUUUGUUUUUAUAUUUUCUGUCUAAUCCAUAAUUCAGAGUAAUGAAGUAAGGUCUUUUCUUCAUAACUUUUUUUUCUUUGUAAUUUCAAAUAAGCUUAAUAAUCAAGUUUCAUUGAUUUUUUUUUUUUCUUUAGAAACCAAAUAUAUAUUUUUAUAAGUCAAAUGGAGGGAUACAGUUUGUUUUCCAGUGUAUCCUCCUGAACGGAUUCUUAUAAGUCGAAUGUAUUUAGUUAUUAAAUACAUAUUAACAGUAGCAAAUGAAAGCAAACCAUUAAGAAUAAAGUCAUUUUUAGUGACACAUUGGUUCAAUGCAUAACUAAAUAUGACUUUAAACUUUUUUGUAUUUUUUUCCCUUAUACUUUUAUGUAUUUUUUUUUACUAUUCAUUUACCCUAUCUGACUGUAUAUAUAUUUACAGUUUUACAAUACUUGACUCUUUAAUGUUUCUUUUUUUUUUUAACAAGAGAAAUUAGCUGUUUUUUAAAGGAUCAGAAUGAAGCUCUAGAUGAUUUAAAUCUGUUGUUUGGUUUUUUAAUUUCUUUUUGUGGUUUAUUUCUAAUUUGAUACGAAUUCUACUGUAUAACAUUUUCAAUUAUUUUUAAUGAGAUUUUAUAUAUUUAUAACCAUAUUUGAUCAAUAAAUGCAAAAUAUCACAGGAUACUUGUAUAUCACUAUCUUGUUCAUCCAGUCGGAAGCUAUUGUUGAUUCCUUUACAAUCUUUUUUGGUGUUUCUUUUAAUUUUGUAUAGCAUUGUAAAAAUAUUAAAGGAAUAUUGUUAGAUAUUUUCUGUUAAUAAAAAUUUUAUAUAUAAACAUAUAUAUCUAUUCUUGGCUCUAUUAUUUCUUUCUUAUAAUGUCAGUUAAAAAUUAAUGGACAUUUUUUUUCUUCUCAGCUUAAAGCAAUAAAAGUCAGCUUAAUGCAGCUUAAAAGUCAUGUUUAAUUUUUUGAAAAAUUCUUUAGACAUACUUUGUAGUAGAUUAUGAAUACAUCGUACUACUCAAAUGUUAAUGUGCCAUUUUAGAAUUAAAAUUAUUCUUAUAACCAAUGAACUUAUUGGAAUAUAAAGCAAACGGAAAAAAGUUAAUUCUUUAGAAGGAUCUAAAUUCAAGAAAAAAUUACUCUGUAAUUAAAUUAGUGCAAUUGAAAAACUGUUUCUAAAUAUAAAAAUAAGUUAUAAAUUAGGAUUUCUUUUU